UUUGUACUUGUAACGCUAUUAUCUGAGACAUCUGUACUUUGUACUUGUAACUAUGGAUUGAGAUUUGUGUACUUUAAUUCUAUUUGAAUAUUUACUUGUAUUUCUCUUUUUUUUUCUUUUUUUUCUUUUUUUUUUUUUUUUUUUUUUUGUAUCCAUGGGUCCAAAGUUGGAAGAAAUCUUGUGAUUCGAUCUAAUAUGGCAAUCCAAUUCUUGAUCAAGCGAGAUCAACAGUUGUCCAUAGUUUAAGAAUGAAUAUCCUUCCCAUAUCAUAUUCAGUUAAUUGAGGAGAGAGGACAGAAAUGAGUUAAUUUUUACAGAUACUAAUUCAAGGUAACUAAUGUAAUUCCAAAACGUUGUUAUACAAAUUUAGGUUACUAAUUUCCAGUGUCAAAAUAAGCAAUGGCACAAUCAAUAUAUAGUUUACAAAGCAUGCAUCUCUCACAGAACCCAAAUAUACAUUUCAACGAUAGUUGACCGUGAUUAUACAUGUAGUACUUGAUUUUUAUUAUCUUCUUUUUUUUUUUAAAUAAAAUGCUUAUCAAUAUCGCAUUUAACAGUAUGCUACCUUACCAGGAUAAAUCAAGUCAAUAAUUCACAACAUUGUAGUACCGACAUGAUAUGAAUUAUACAUGCCCUCUUCCUUUGCACCUCUACGGGCCGGUGAUACUAGACUUGUUUUCUGAUAACGCCCAACGAUCAUACCUGGAAAAGUCUUACUAUAACGGUGUGUCUUCUCAUGCUUUUAUCGAUUUUGAAGCGAGGAACACAGCUGUCGAUAUCAUUGUGUUUUGCCAUAUUUUCAUAUCUUUAACGAAAUAUACGAAGGUGAUUAUUUAGUGUGUCUUCAGCAUACAAUAUCCGUGUCCUCUUUGAUGUUGUGUGGAACGAUCUUAAGAACAUUACCGUAAUUUACAGCUGUUCGUGGAUAUACAUAUUUCCGGUAGAAAUAUUGAUAAACAACGAUUGGGAAUUCUUUCUUUUAUUUCUUUCAACUCGAGACGGGGAAUAAUCAGCGGAUCCUCGCUAUCUGUACAUGUACUAGGACACGAAAAUCAAUACGAUUACCCGACAUUAAAUUUCGGGUGUCUGAUAAAAACCGAAGCAAGACGGAGCUUGCCAAAACUUUAGGGAUCAUAAAUGUUGAUAUUAUAGACACACAAGGUGUAUCAAGGCUAUAGUGUAAUAUUCAUCACAUGAAGAUCCGUAUGUGAAUGUUCUUAGUGCUAGUUAGCAUGUGAUUGUUCUUUGGUCGGUUUUUGGAUAAAACAGCUGGUCCAUGAUUGUGAAAAGGAAACGGAGAAUCCCAUUUUACUUUCGCAUGGGCUUCGGCAUCAGUAAACAAGUGACUAUAACUGAACGUCAUAAAGAACGAUACAGAUCUUCAGCGAUCGUAUUCAGUCGUGUGGAUGCGGAGGGGGUCCUGAAGUUUGAGGUGGCUGGGACCUACUUACUCUUCAGAGACUAUGAGACCGAUCACCUGUACUUAUCCGUGAGAUCCAACGACUUUGUGGAGCACCACAUGAUCAACUUUGAAGACAACCUGUACUAUAUGGGCAACCAACCUUAUCCUUAUCUCGACUCCAUCAUUCUCUAUCAUCAACGACACAAACUUAAUGGAAUCAAACUCACCCAUCACGCUCAUCUUAGUGCUCGCACUGUCAAAGCAUUCACAACUAAAGUAAUGCGUCACAAUGGAAAUUUGCCAGAAAUGGACAAUGACAUCAAUAUCCAUGACAGUUCUCCCCAUAUUGCCAGUGUAGAACAUACGAAUGAUGACGUCAUCAAGACCCGGAUAUCAAAAUCUAGUGGAAGAUUGUGGAUUUCCGGUACAAUGCAGCAAUCACUCAAGCGUAUAUCUAUGCCGAUUCCAGAGGCCUACCAUCAUCUCGGAGACGUCGACAGUAGAUUGACUCAGAGUUUCAGAGACAGUGGUGAUUUCCUAUCAAAAGCGGAAAGUUUCGAGGAAUUAAACGGAGACAUUUUCGAUACAACUUUCUCCGCCAGAAAGCGUUCUGACGACACAGCCAGUGAGUGUAGCUCGGUAAAUAUAGACAAUGACAGCAACAGCGUUAGAACUUUCAAACAUGAGGAUGACGACGGUGUUCUUGUUUAUGAUAUGUCACUGUUGCUAGAGAUAACUAACUACCGUCCGGAUGCAGUGUCACUGUUGCUAGAGAUAACUAACUACCGUCCGGAUGUAGUGUCACUGUUGCUAGAGAUAACUAACUACUGUCCGGAUGUAGUGUCACUGUUGCUAGAGAUAACUAACUACUGUCCGGAUGUAGUGUCACUGUUGCUAGAGAUAACUAACUACUGUCCGGAUGUAGUGUCACUGUUGCUAGAGAUAACUAACUACUGUCCGGAUGUAGUGUCACUGUUGCUAGAGAUAACUAACUACCGUCCGGAUGUAGUGUCACUGUUGCUAGAGAUAACUAACUACCGUCCGGAUGUAGUGUCACUGUUGCUAGAGAUAACUAACUACUGUCCGGAUGUAGUGUCACUGUUGCUAGAGAUAACUAACUACUGUCCGGAUGUAGUGUCACUGUUGCUAGAGAUAACUAACUACUGUCCGGAUGUAGUGUCACUGUUGCUAGAGAUAACUAACUACCGUCCGGAUGUAGUGUCACUGUUGCUAGAGAUAACUAACUACCGUCCGGAUGUAGUGUCACUGUUGCUAGAGAUAACUAACUACUGUCCGGAUGUAGUGUCACUGUUGCUAGAGAUAACUAACUACUGUCCGGAUGUAGUGUCACUGUUGCUAGAGAUAACUAACUACCGUCCGGAUGUAGUGUCACUGUUGCUAGAGAUAACUAACUACCGUCCGGAUGUAGUGUCACUGUUGCUAGAGAUAACUACCAACCAUCCAAAUGUAGUGUCACUGUUGCUCGAACAAGGACACUCUCCCAACACAACAAGGAUUAUGGGUACAUAUUUGCUAGUACUACCUAUGAUUUGGCUCAACAUUUUGACCGUGCUGUCAAAGUCUGAAGAGCCCUGGCAGUGUCGGGAAGAAUUCUGUUACUCACUUAUCACGCAAUAUGGAGGCAUAUCCUUCAGCAGAGCAGAGGAGAAAUGUAUGGAGCAUAACUCGUCCCUGGCCAGCAUCCACAGCGAAGAGGAGAGGCAGUAUGUGGAAAGUAUUAGAAAGACUUCGGUUGGUAUGCCGGUGUGGCUUGGUAUGAGGAGAUCUGAAAAUGGCCGUACCUGGGUGGACAGGAGUGCAGUGAACUAUUUACCACCACCGUGGGAUUAUCACUCCGCGAAAAACCAAGAAACAUGCAUUUACACAAGUGGCGACUGGUACGAAGGAACGUGCAGCAACAAUUUGUACUUCGUCUGUAAACGCAAAGCUGAGAAAAAGCCGAGUUCGUACUCUGUGCUGAGCAAAUCAACGUCAGAAUUUUGGACCACGGAGAUGAGAUGGACACCUCUAAUACACAUCAGCACGCAGGACAAUGUCAUGGAGAAAGAUGAGGUCGAGUCUGUCGCAUCCACAACGACAGCACUUUCUGAAGACCUGUCUUUAACGGAAAAAUUAAAACACAGCGAGGACCACGAGCGUCCUUAUGAUGAACAAGAAUUUAGGGAAAUGUUAAAGAGUUUAAAAGUAAAGAAAAAGAAAGUCAGUACAAAAGAGGCUCCUGGAAGCCAAGCCAUAGGAGUGGUCGCCAUUCUAAUUUUAUUGAUCAUGUUUACUGGGGUCAUUCUACUGGACUUGAACACUUUUCGACAGAACUGGAAAAUGUUUCGAAGGAACAUGUCUUAUGUGCGGAGAAAAUAAUGUAACGACACCGAAAUAUAUUGUCCUUUAUAUGUAACAUUUAUACGGUUCACACUGUUUUCUAAAAUCAAAUAAAAGAGUAUCAGUAUGUUGGAAGUGAAGAUAAGUGGGAAUCAAGUCUUACUUUCAGUUUCGUGUACUAGUCAAGACUUGCAUUAACUAACAAUAAUACAUGACUUUUAUUAAACAUAAAUCACAUACGUACAGACAUACCUCAGAUUUCGUAUAGUGAUAUAGUCACUCAUCCAGACCAAAUCAACUACACCUGUCCUAAAUGCACUAAUGCCCGCUCUUACAUUGUAGAUCAUCCCUUUACGGACAUACUUGAAUUGAAUAGUUUAAGGCCAGAAAGUCAGGAAAGUUCAGUGAUGCAGUUUUGCUCUUCAUAAAAGUUAUCGAUCAGAAGAGCUCGCCGAGAAGCAUGAAUCUACUAACAUUGCACCCUAUCCUACAGAUUCACAAUAUUUAAAGCCAAUGUUAACGUUAAUGAAACUAGGUCAAAUUCCAAUGUAAAGGUCAUUAGGUCAAAAGUCUUGGUACCUAUAAAAGACCUGGUCAUGAGGAAUCUAUACGCGAAACAUUAAAACCCUUUCCCUCUUGGAUCAAAAAGAUAUACAUGUAGUCUAGGUUCAAGUUUUUCUAAAAGAGUUAUGCUGCCGCUGCCACCGGAUUCAUGACAAAAGCUCUAGACAUUCGUCCCGGCGAGCUAAAAAAUCAAUUUACUAAUAUCUGGCAAUCUUCAUGGACCUUCUAACUGACAAUGGGUGAGGGUAAUGUCAUACCAGAAAGUUACUAUGAAACUUGAAGUUAGAAUGAGCAUCUAAUAUUCCAACACUAUGAAGAUAUUCAAAUGCAUGACCUUCACAAAAUGUUAAACACUUUAUUCUCCAAAAGAGCUUGAUAUUGUCUAAAUGGUAUUGAGAGUAAACAGGGACAAAUCCAUCAGGCAUGAUAACCCUCUACAUAAAGUUUGACAGCUUUAAGUUUUCCCGGUGUCCUUAGCACAGUCCAAAUGACCCGACAUGUGGUCAGGACACACUGACAUGUGGUCAGGACACACUGACAUGUGGUCAGGACACACUGACAUGUGGUCAGGACACACUGACAUGUGGUCAGGACACACUGACAUGUGGUCAGGACACGCUGACAUUUUGACAUUAGCUACGAGCAUAUGCAUUUUAUCUUCUUUUUUUUUUUUUAUAUACAAAUGUAAGAUAGUACUGACAGAAUGCACAAAAAUGAUAAUUUUUUUCAAAAAUCUCAUAAUAGAUCCAAUUUAAGGAGGUAUGCUACAUCAGAGAAAUUUGAUGUGGAUGAAAAGUGGAGGAUAUGUACAACAAUAUUUUGAAAUUGAAAAUUUUCAAAUUUACUUAAUUUUGUCAAAAAAUGCAGUUUUAGUAGAAAGUAAUUUGGAAAAAAAUUAAAACCCCUGCUGGACUCGAACCUGCGACCUACAGUUCAGCAGUCGGUAUUCAAACCUACUGAGCUAGUCGGCUAGGUAUUGAAAUUGAAAAGGAAAAGUAAAAUAUUGCUGAUAUCGAUUUUUUCAUCCAUGUUUUUACAGGAAGUCAGCCAUUAUGACGAUGUAGAGUACUACCUUAAAUCGAUCUGAAAUACUAAGUGUACAAGUUUUUAUGGUACAGUGUAUGCAAUAUUUC